UGACGUCACGGCGUCGGGGUGGAGCCCGCGGCAGGGGCCGAGCCUCUCUAGGCUCUCCGGCUGAGCCGGGUUGGGGGCCGGGUUGGGGGCGGCUGCCCAGCGCGGCGACCUGGGACUCUGGAGCAUCGGGAUUUAUAGCGCGCCCUCUGGGGAGGCGGCUGUAGCGGAGAGGCGUGCGGGAUCGGGAUGUCGGGGCUGCUCACGGACCCGGAGCAGAGAGCGCAGGAGCCGCGGCACCCCGGCUUCGUGCUGGGGCUGGAUGUGGGCAGUUCUGUGAUCCGCUGCCACGUCUAUGACCGGGCGGCGCGGGUCUGCGGCUCCAGCGUGCAGAAGGUAGAAAAUCUUUAUCCUCAAAUUGGCUGGGUAGAAAUUGAUCCUGAUGUUCUUUGGAUUCAAUUUGUUGCCGUAAUAAAAGAAGCAGUCAAAGCUGCAGGAAUACAGAUGAAUCAAAUUGUUGGUCUUGGCAUUUCAACACAGAGAGCAACUUUUAUUACGUGGAACAAGAAAACAGGAAAUCAUUUUCACAACUUUAUAAGUUGGCAAGACUUAAGAGCUGUUGAACUUGUAAAAUCUUGGAAUAAUUCUCUUCUUAUGAAGAUAUUUCACAGUUCUUGCCGAGUACUUCACUUCUUCACUAGAAGUAAACGACUUUUUACAGCCAGUUUGUUCACUUUCACAACCCAGCAGACUUCUUUGAGAUUGGUCUGGAUUUUGCAGAACCUGACUGAGGUGCAAAAGGCAGUUGAAGAAGAAAAUUGCUGCUUUGGGACUAUUGAUACCUGGUUGUUAUAUAAGCUCACAAAAGGUUCUGUAUAUGCCACAGAUUUUUCAAAUGCUAGUACAACUGGACUUUUUGACCCAUAUAAGAUGUGUUGGAGUGGGAUGAUUACCUCUCUAAUUUCGAUACCACUUUCUCUCCUACCUCCCGUGAGGGACACAAGCCACAAUUUUGGAUCAGUGGAUGAAGAGAUAUUUGGUGUGCCUAUACCAAUAGUUGCCUUGGUUGCUGACCAGCAAUCAGCCAUGUUUGGAGAGUGCUGCUUCCAAACAGGUGAUGUGAAAUUAACCAUGGGAACUGGGACAUUUUUGGAUAUUAACACUGGAAAUAGCCUUCAACAGACUACUGGAGGCUUUUAUCCAUUAAUUGGGUGGAAGAUUGGGCAAGAAGUUGUAUGCUUAGCUGAAAGCAAUGCAGGAGACACUGGUACUGCCAUAAAAUGGGCUCAGCAGUUAGACCUUUUCACAGAUGCUGCUGAGACUGAAAAAAUGGCCAAAAGUUUGGAGGAUUCUGAAGGAGUUUGUUUUGUUCCAUCUUUUAGUGGAUUACAGGCUCCAUUAAAUGACCCCUGGGCAUGUGCCUCUUUUAUGGGUUUGAAGCCUUCCACCAGUAAAUACCAUCUUGUACGAGCAAUAUUGGAGUCAAUAGCUUUCAGAAACAAACAGUUAUAUGAGAUGAUGAAGAAAGAGAUUCAUAUUCCUGUAAGAAAAAUCCGGGCAGAUGGAGGAGUUUGUAAGAAUGGUUUUGUCAUGCAGAUGACUUCAGACCUGAUUAAUGAGAAUAUAGACAGACCUGCCGACAUUGACAUGUCAUGCCUGGGUGCAGCUUCUCUAGCUGGCCUUGCUGUUGGGUUUUGGACUGACAAGGAGGAACUAAAGAAACUGAGACAAAGUGAAGUGGUUUUCAAGCCACAGAAGAAAUGUCAAGAAUAUGAAAUGAGUCUGGAAAACUGGGCCAAAGCAGUGAAACGCUCCAUGAAUUGGUAUAACAAGACAUAACACUAAAUGAAAUGAUCAAAACCAUAGGUAGCUGGUUUAUGUGACGUGCAGAUGAGAUGAAGCUCAGGGAUAACCAAUAUGACAAUAACUAAGAGGAGAAAAUUUUAAAUCAGCUUCAUAACUUAAGAAGCAUUGCUUUUAAACAAAACAAAACAAAACAAAAAAACUCUUAUUUUUUUCCCCUAAACCAUGGUAAGGCAGCAAUACCUCAAAAUUUUAUAUCUUCUAUUUUGUAGCAAAUUCCAAAGGACAUUAGUCAUUUCCAACCACAUUUUGACAGUUAUGGGUCCUCUUCCUUUUUAUACUGGGUCAGUGGUACAUAGGAACAUAAUGAUUUACCAUCCAAGCUAAUAGUUCUGGGUCAAGCACCAUGCACAUAUUGUUCCAAAAUUACGUGAAACAUAUUUCUUUAAUUCUUUAAAUGGGCUAUUUGAAGUACCAUAUAGUUAAAAAGAAAGAAUAACUGAGAAAAUGUGGAAUUUUGAAACAUUAAUAUUUUAUGUUUAAAGCCAUAAUUUCCUAAUAUUAUAUCCAAAUAUGAGCUUAAUAUGUCCCUCUCAGAUAAGCUUAUGAGUUAGUUAAUGCUUUCCUUUACUGGUCUGAAAGACACUGCCUUAAUUUUUCCUUGUUCAACCAAAAUCUGAGCAUUCUUUCUAUGUUGAAAACACUGAAAAACUAAUUUUAGUUAAUGAACUAAAAAGAAUAUUGAUUUUUAAGAAACAGAAAAAUACUACUUAUUUUCCUUCUCAAGUAACGUUUCUUUCAAAAACUUCUGGCUGAAGUAUAACAUGCUGGUAGUUAACAUAAAUCUUGCCUUUCUCUUGUUCUUUGUCUUUCUUCGUUGUUUAGAUGCUUGUGUAAAUGUCUUUUAUUUUUAUUAAGUGCCUAAUUGACAGAGCUUAAUUUGAAGAAGUGCCCUAAUUUAUUGACCACUUAAGAAUUGCCUUUAUUGGGGUAUUUUAUUUGUUCCUGUGUCUUUCUGAUGUUUGUUCAGUCUACUCAUCCCUCUGAGUAUGUGCGGCGGAUAGCUGAUAGAGGGGAGGAGAGUGUGUCUUGCAGGAUUGCCCUUCAGCCACUCAGCCAGAGAUCCACAGGGAGCAGCAAGGACAGUCUCACAUUCUCAGACUUUCUUGCAAGAAACAGUGAGGAGGAGUAAGUUGUGAGUAGUGUCAAGCUGGAUGUAGAAUUGUCCUAAGGCAGUUGACCCCACCUUCCAACAUGUUUUCACUUUAUUUGCCCCUCCCUACAUUUGGGGUAGGUUCCAUUUGGAUUUGCAGCAAUAAUGACUUUAUUUCUCUCUUGGUCAGGAUUUAGCACAUAAAAUCCUUUUAUUAUAGAACUAGCUAUUUUAGUUACAUAGUAAUGUAACUAAUGGAGAGACUUAUAGAGAAUUUUGUUUUUGCUGUCAUAUAUGUCCAUUUUGGAGACAGAUAUGAUAGAACUAGAAAUUAAGUUGCAUUUCUGCAAGUGCCGUUUGAAUGAACUUCAAGUAUCUUCUUAAUUAUUAAAUUUUCUGAUGAAGGCAUUGUAACAAAUACAUAGUAUCAUUAAAUCUACUAAUUAAGAUUUGGAAAUAUUUUUGUUAUUAAUAAAUAGAGGUAUUUUAUUUACUGUAAAAAGUCAAACUUCAUUAUGUAGAUAAAUCUUACUCUUUUCAUUCUUUCCCCUUUUACAUCCUUUUUACAAAGCUUAGUCACCAAUUAAAGCUUUCCUGUCAAAAUCACAUGGAAGCUGCUCUGUUGUUUUACUGUUACACAUUCUGUUUCUCAGUGGGUGUAAUUUUUUUUCUUCUUCUUUUUCUGUAGAGACAGGGUCUUGCUAUGUUGCCCAGGAUAGUCUUUAAUUCCUGGCCUCAAGUGAUCCUCCCACCUUGGCCUUCCAAAGUGCUGGGAUUGCAGCCGUGAACCAUUGCACCCAGCCAAUGGGUGUAAUUUCAUAGGAAAUAAUUCUUUUUGUCAGAAUAUACUGAAUUGUAAUAUUAAUAACUGAAAAUUGAUUAGUUCACUUCUUUUCCAUGUUCUUCUUUCCCAACAUAUAACCACAAAAUAAAGGAUAAAUACUUUGGGCUGCGUGCAGUGGCUCAAGCCUGUAAUCCCAGCACUUUGGCAGGCCAAGGUGGCCGGAUCAUUUGAGGUCAGGAGUCCAACCUGGUCAAACACGGCGAAACCCUGUCUCCACUAAAAAUACAAAAAUUAGCUGGGCGUGGUGGUGCAAGCCUGUAAUCCCAGCUACUCGGGAGGCUGAGGCAGGAGAAUUGCUUGAAUCUGGGAGGUGGAGGUUGCAGUGAGCCAAGAUCAUGCCACUGCACUGUAGCCUGGGCAACAGAGCGACACUGCGUCUCAAAAAAAAAAAAAAAAAAAGUCAAUACUUUUCAGAUAAUGUUGGAAAGUAACUUUGAAUGUCUCUCAUUGGAAUUGAGCAUCUCCUCAAGUGUCAGUGGCUAUUUUUUUCUUCUGUGAAUCUAAAAACUAAUAUUUUAUUUUUAAUAUUUGUGACCAUUUUUAGUGAUGAGUUUAAUAAAUAUUUUCAGACUUAACCAAAAUCAGAAACAUGACCACAUUUGCUUUUGUGGUUGCAGAAACAGUUGAUAAGAUCAAUUGAGCAACAAAAUUGUCCUUUCUUUUUUUUUUUUUGAGACAUUGUCAUGCUCUGUUGACCAGGUUGGAGUGCAGUGGCACGAUCUGGGCUCACUGCAACCUCCCCCUCCCAGGCUCAAGCAAUCCUCUUGCCUCAGCCUCCUAAGUAGCUGGGAUUACAGGUGUCACCACGCCCAGCUGAUUUUUGUAUUUUUAGUAGAGACAGGGUUUUACCAUGUUGGCCAGGCUGGUCUCAAACGCCUGACCUUGUGACCCACCCACCUCGGCCUCCCAAAGUGCUAGGAUUACAGGCGUGAGCCACCGCGCCUGGCUUGUCCUUUCUAUCUUCCAAGUUUAUUUUUCAUUUGUAUGCUAAUAUUUGAAGUUUAGAAAAAUUUGUGCUACUUCUCAGCAUGUUUUAUUUUCCCAUUAUAGAUCUAUCAGAUAUUUUUAGAAGGUCUGCAACUGUCUGAUAAAGGAAGAGAAUGUUCCUGUUCAAUCUUAAAGUGCUACUAAUUGCUUUUAUACUAUAGACGUACUGAUUUUUUCAUCUUUUUUAUCCAACCAUGGCAUGGUUUCCUAAUCUCAGCAUUGACAUUUUGGACCGGAUAAAUCUUUAUUUUGGGAUGCUAUGCUGUAUUUUAUAGGAUGUUUAGCACUAUCCCUGACCUCUGCCCUCUAGCUACAAGUACCAUCCCCCUAGUUGUUAUGGCCAAAAAUGUCUUCAAACAUUGCCAUUCUGAGAGGCAAAAUUGCCCCCAGUUGAGAGCCACUGAUACAGGCUGUUAGAAGAAAAUUGAAGACUCAGUGAAUAUAGUGUCAUACUCCUUUUCUUUCUGCCUCAUUUUACCUUAGGAAAUGGUUGUUAGCAAAAAAAUUAGUUAAUCGUAUCUUGAAAUAAAUAGAGUUUCUAUUUUGCUGGUUAAUGAAGAAAAAAUAAAUCUCAGCUGGGCACAGUGGCUCACACCUGUAAUCCUAGCACUUUGGGAGGCCAAGGCAGGCGGAUCACUUCAGCUCAGGAAUUUGAGACCAGCCUGGGCAACAUGGCGAAUCCCUAUCUCUACAAAAAAUACACAAAUUAGCUGGGUGUGGUGACACACGCAUAUAGUCCCAGUUAACUAGAGGUCUGAGGUGGGAAGAUCACUUGAGCUCCAGGAGGUGCUCAAUCAAUCAAUCAAUCAAUCAAUAUCUCAUGCUGUAAUUGUCUUCUGAUGUUUUCAUCCACCCAGCCCCACCUCUGCAGCCUUAAUUACUGUAGUAGGUCCAUGAUUUCAGUGUAGGGUUAAUGUAUUCUGCAGAUCAUCUUUGAUUUGACCUGCUUUUUUGCUUCCUUUUUAUCUCUGAACAAAGGAGAUCAUCAUUCUCUUUAAUCUGCCUUCUGUGUAAAUCUCUACCAGACUGGAAGCUCCCUGAAAGCAGAAACUGUCUGCUUCCCCAGAACUUAGGACUGUGCUUUCAUGUAUGUGGGAUAAAUUUUUACUUUGUUUGUUAGUGCAACUUUGUUUGUACACAUGUUAUUCUUGACAUUACAUACAUUUGUUGAUGGGGGCAAUUUAUAUUUAUUGUGAGUAAAAUACUUUUUUGUUGGAUUAAGAACUAUACUCUUCCCAGCACUUUGGGAGGCCAAGGAGGGCGGAUUACCUGAGGUUGGUAGUUUGAGACCAGCCUGACCAACAUGGAGAAACCCCAUCUCUACUAAAACUACAAAAAAAUUAGCUGUGCGUGGUGGCACAUGCCUGUAAUCCCAGCUAGUCAGGAGGCUGAGGCAGGAGAACCGCUUGAACCCCUGAGGCAGAGGUUGCGGUGAGCCAAGAUCGCGCCAUUGCACUCCAGCCUGGGCAACAAGAGUUAAACUCCAUCUCAAAAAAACACAAAAAAAACAAAAAAACAAAAAAACAGAAGAACUACUCUGUAGUGAGAGCUAGAAUCCUCAUCUUGUUUAUUUAAAAUUUUUGGCCAAGUACAGUGGCUCAUACCUGUAAUCGCAGCACUUUGGGAGGCUGAGGCCAGAGGAUCACUUGAAGCCAGGAGUUCAAUUACAGCUUGGGCAGCAAAGCAAGACCUUGUCUCUACAAAAAAAUUUUUUUAAAUUAGCCAGUGUGGUGGUAUGCCUCUGUAGUCCCAGCUACUCAGGUAACUGAAGCAGAAGAAUCGCUUGAACCCAGGAGUGCGAGACUGCUAUGAGCUAUGAUUGUGCCACUGCACUCCAGCCUGGGCAACAGGGCAAGGCCCUGUCUUAAUAAAAUAAAAUAAAAUUCUUAAUAUGUUUAUAUAUUUGAAAAGCUAUUUGUGUAGAGACACAUGUCUGUAAAUACACAUAGAUAUAUUAACUUUUUAAGCUUUAAUUGAAGCCUUUUUCUUCACAGGUUUUAUAUAUUUGACUGCAGAUGACUAACAGAUUGAAUUUUAAGAGUGCCAAACACUCUGGUGCUAUAGGGAAAGAACUUCAUAAAUAGCCCCUCCUGUAAGGUACCAGUCUUUAAUUUAAAACAGUCCAGCCCAGGAAUCUGGCAAGAAUUUUGUAAUUAUUUGAGGAGAGAUAUAGAUAUACCCUGGAGUUCUUUGACUUUAAGUUAUUCUAGAGUCAUCCCAGAGAUGGCCUAGAAGACUUGAAUCUACCCCAAAGGAUUCUGAAUCCCUUUGGGAAAUUUAGACUAUGAUUUUCAGUAAGAAUUAAAAGCCCCAGGAUAAGCGUGGUGGCUCACACCUGUAAUCCCAGCAAUUUGUGAGGCCAAGGCAGGAGGAUCGCUUGAGCUCAGGAGUUCAAGACCAGCCUGGGCAACAUAGUGAGACCCCACCCAUCUCAAUUUAAAAAAAGAGAGAAAAAGGCCGGGUGCAGUGGCUCAUGCCUGUAAUGCCAGCACUUUGGGAGGCCAAGGCGGGUGGAUCACCUGAGGUCAGGAGUUCAAGACCAGCCUGAUCAAUAUGGUGAAACCCUGUCUCUACUAAAAAUACAAAAAUUAGCCAGUCCUGAUGGUGUGUGCCUGUAGUCCCAGUGACUUGGGAGGCUGAGACAGGAGAAUUGCUUGAACCCAGGACGUGGAGGUUGCAGUGAGCUGAGAUUGGGCCACUGCAUUCCAGCUUGGGUGACAGAGCGAGACUCUGUCUCAAAAAAAAAAAAAAAAGGGAGAGAGAGAAAAAAAGCCCUAAACAUACCUUGGGCCUUUACAACCUACUUGGUCUCAGAAUCGUCUUAUUGUAAACCCAAAGCCAGGUCUUCUGGUUCGAACCAGUCAAAAUGGGUAAUCUAAAAAAGUUAAAUAGAUGAUUCAAAAUCAUGUUGGUUGUUUUUUUCUUUUCAAAUCCCCUUUCCAAGUAAAAGGAAUUUUUUUUUUUUUUUAAGUUUUGAAGCCUCAUAGCCAUAAAUAUUUUGGUACCAGUAUCUAUUGGCACCUAAGUCAUUGGCUGUAUCAUAUUCCCAUGGGACCCUUGUUCCUAGAGGAAUGCAGGAAUGAUCUUGGAGUGGGAAGGACAGAGACAGGUGCUUGCAAAAUCAGAUAUUUCUGAAAUUCUCUGUUAUUCUAUUUCUGUUGUCUUUCCCCACUUUACUAUAAAUUUGGUCUGUUAUAAAAUGGCUGUGUUUAGAUAGAUACCUGUGAUGUUUAGGAAACAAAUGGUAUAGAGACUCCCAUUUAAAUCAAUCUUAUCUUUAUAAGAAACGGCCAAACUGUUUUCCAGACUGGCUAUAACAUCUUACAUUCCCACCAUGAAUGUGUGAGUGAUCCAGUUUCUCUGCAUGCUCACCAGCAUUUGGUGUUGUCACUAUUUCUUAUUUCAACCAUUCUGUUUAUCCUUUUCAGUGAAAUUUCUGUUCAUAUCUUUUGCCCAUUUGCCAAUUGAGGCAGGAGGAUCACUUGAGCCCAGGAGUUCGAGGCUGCAGUGAGAUAUGAUCACUAAAUCUUUGCUUAAUGAGCCAUAUCUUUAAAUAUCUUUUUUAAAGUUUUUAAAAAUCAGUCCAGUGGUUUAUGUGAUUAUGUGGGAUUUUUAAAAUCUUUCCAGGCAAAAUGUAUAUAGCAUUUUGAACAUAUUUACACUGUACUGAGCCCAAGAGUUCUCAUAUACUUUCUUUGCUCAUUAUAGAGUAUGGUACUAAUACUGUAUAAUAGUAAAUUUUCAAAGAUACCUUUAUUUAGAAUGUUAGUGUAUACAGAUAUAUACUUUGUACAUAGUUAUCAUAAUGUUUCUAACCUUUUUAUUUAAAGUAGGCUGAUUUGUGUAAAGGUUUCAGAAUGAUUUUGUUAAUAAGUUAUUAGAAACUUUCCUAUUUGUGCAAGAUGGUAAAUGUAGAUUCCAAUUUGUAUGCCUCAGUAAAUUCAUAAUCUUAUUUCUCUGAUGUGAGCCACCAUGCCUGGCCUUCUCUGAUGUUCUUAAUGAAUUUUGCAGUUUUAUUAAAUUGUCAUUGAGAACCUCAUAAAUCAUUGUUAAGAUCUAUACAAAAAAUCAAGGAUCCACAGUAAUAGAAUAUUUUUCGUCUGCAUAUGAAUUUUUCCCUUCCCUUUUUGUCUACUUUUAGAUUAAAAAAAAAAUUACCUAGACAUUCUUAUUAAAUACUAUUACCUGCUUUGGUUUCUGCACAUUAAGAAAGUCACAGAGAAGCCAGACACAGUGGCAUGCUCUUCUAUUCCCAGCUACUCAGGAGGCUGAAGCUGGAGAAUCACUUGAGCCCAGGAGUUCGAGGAUAGCCUGGGCAACAUGGUGAAACUUUGCAAAAACAAAAACAAGGCCGGGCAUGGUGGCUCACACCUGUAGUCCCAGCACUUUGGGAGGCCAAGGUGGGCGGAUCACGAGGUCAGGAGAUCAAGACCAUCCUGGCUAACAUGGUAAAACCCUGUCUCUACUAAAAAUAUGAAAAAUUAGCCAGGCGUGGUGGCGGGCGCCUGUAAUCCUAGCUACUCGGGAGGCUGAGGCAGGAGAAUGGCAUGAACCCGGGAGGUGGAGCUUGCAGUGAGCUGAGAUCGCGCCACUGUACUCCAGCCUGGGUGACAGAGUGAGACUCCAUCUCAAAAAAAAAAAACAAAAAAAAAACCAAAAAAACAACAACAACAAAAAACAACCAGAGAAAUAGCACUUGUUGACUACAGUUGUGACUCUAGGUAAACUUGGGUCUUAAUAUGGUUAGACAAGAAGGGUUUUAUGUAACCUUGCCUUUUUAGAUCCUAUUUAGGCUUAUUAGUCUAUAUUCUACAUUCUUGCACAAUAGAAAUUACUAGAGAAGUGGGAUAAUUCUUUGUUGUGGGGAAAAUAAAAUUUGUUGUGAAAAUAUACUGUAUUUUAAAAUAUUUAGAAAGAUUAUAAAUAACUGGAGAAAAGAUAAUUUCAUAUACUAAUAUGAUGGAAUUAGCCUAGCAGAUGUUAAAAAUCCUUUCUGAAAAUUAUAAUCUAAAAUUAUUUGGGAAAUUACAAUGAAACUGAAUAAUCUGUACAUGUUGGUAUAUUAAAGCCAUUUUUAUUUUGUG